CGCUGACACCUGUUCUGUGUGUAGGUUCCCGGGGCUGGUCCUGCCGUGCCUGGGGGUUCACCCGGUGCAGGAGGUUUCUCCGGAGGAGCAGCGCAGCGCUGCUUUGAAGGAUCUGGAUGAUGCAUUGCCGCUUAUAGAACUCUACAAAGAUAAAUUGGUGGGGAUCGGAGAAGUUGGACUAGAUUUCACUCCCAGAUUUGCCAGCACAGAAGAACAGAAGGAAGGACAAAGACAGGUUUUGAUCAAGCAGAUUGAGUUAGCAAGAAGCCUGGAUUUGCCUUUAAAUGUUCAUUCCCGCUCAGCUGGAAGACCAACCAUUAAUCUCUUAAAGGAACAAGGCGCUACAAAGGUGUUGCUCCAUGCAUUUGAUGGGAAGCCAUCUGUAGCGAUGGAAGGGGUGAAAGCUGGAUACUUUUUCUCCAUUCCUCCUUCCAUUAUAAGGAGUGAACAGAAGCAGAAGCUUGUGAAGCUGUUACCUCUGGAAAGUAUGUGCUUGGAAACAGACUCUCCUGCUCUGGGGCCUGAAAAACAGGUGAGAAAUGAACCAAAAAAUAUUUACAUUGCUGCAGAAUAUAUUGCCAAAAUUAAAGGAAUUCCAGUUGAAGAAGUUAUAGAAGUGACUACACAGAAUGCACUGAAAGUAUUCCCCAAACUUCGGAACUUUCUUCGGAUAUAGACUUAGAAAAUGAACUAUAUGGUAUUGCAGAAACUAUUAUUUAUGGUAUAAUAAAUAAAACCAACAUGCAUCUUGUCUUU